UCAUCUCCAUCACCUCCCAUCCCUCGCCUUCCGCCGGGGGCUGCAGGAGCCGGCGCUCCCGGAGCCGGCGAGCGGCGCGAUCGCCCAAACUCCUGGGAGGAGAGACGCCACCCGCCGUCGCCUCCUCUUCCUUCUCCUCCUCCUCCUCCCGUCCCCUCCCCGCCGCAAACCCCAAAUAAAAGGGGCGGGGGGCGGCAGGAUGCGCCGCUCGGAGGGGAGGUCGGCGCCGCCGCCGGCCGCCUGAUGCUGCCGCAAUUCGCCAUUGCCGGGCACGGCUCGGAGCCGAGCGCGGGCGGGCCGGGGGCAGAGCCGGCGCUCCCGGGGGCGCCGCAGCUGCAGCCCCCGCUGCCCGGCCGCCCCCGCAGCUCCCCCAUGCCCGAGCGCCGCCGGAGGGGGGCCCCGGGGGCCCGCUCCUGUCUGCUCUGGCUCUUUGUGCUGCUCAAGAGUGCAGAGCCUUUCCAAGUCGCUGUCAGAGAGGACAAUUGUAUCAUUGUGUCCCUGGAGGCAUCGGACGUGGUGAGCUCAUCCUCUGUCUACGUUGUGAAGAUAGCUGGAGAAUCCAAGAACUACUUUUUCCAGUUCGACGAGUUCAAUAGCACUUUACCUGCCCCUGUGGUUUUUAAUGCCAAAUACCAUGGCCUGUAUUACAUAGUGACUCUCUUGGUGGUCAACUCAAAUAUGGUUUCCAAGUCAGCGAGAUCAAUCACUGUGCUAACCAAACCACUUCCUGUGAGCAAUGUUUCUAUCUAUGACUACAAGCCAUCUCCAGAAACAGGAGUGUUGUUUGAAAUUCAGUACCCAGAGAAGUACAAUGUUUUUACCAGGGUCAAUAUAAGCUACUGGGAAGGAAAAGACUACAGAACAAUGCUCUACAAAGAUUUCUUCAAAGGUAAAACAGUUUUCAAUCACUGGCUGCCAGGCAUAUGCUACAGCAACAUCACAUUUCAGUUGGUAUCAGAAGCCACCUUCAACAAGAGCACGCUGGUGGAGUACAGUGGGGUCCAGCACGAGCCCAAGCAGCACAGAACAGUUCCUUACCCACCCCGAAACAUUUCUGUCCAGAUCAUCCCAAUCAACAGGAACAACUGGGAAGAGCACAGCGGGAAUUUCGCCGAGGAAUCCUUCAUCGGCCCGCAGGAAAUCAUGAGGAAAGAGAAAUCCAGCCAUCCCUCUGAGAGCCCAACUGCACCCCCAGCAGCCAACUCCUCUGCAGGCUGGCUGGAUGAGCCGUCCAACAGCACCGAGGAUGGAGCCAGCUCGCAGCCGUCCUGGUGGUCCAGCGAGGCCGAGUCCUCCGAGGGCGAGGAGGAGUUUGUCCGGGCAGCUUCCAGGGAUUUUGAAGCCCCUGAUGCCAGCACGGGGUCUGGCAGGCCCACAGCAGAGCCCCCUCCCUUCCUGCCUGUGCAGAUGGUGCUGACCUGGCUGCCCCCAAAGCCCCCUACUGCCUUUGAUGGAUUCCACAUCAAUAUUGAGAGGGAAGAGAACUCCACAGAACUUUUGACAGUGAGCGAGGACACUCACAAAUUUGUUGCUGAACUGAAGGAACCAGGAAAAUACAAGUUGUCUGUAACAACAUUCAGCUCCUCUGGCUCUUGUGAAGUUCGGGGAAGUCAAUCAGCAAAAACACUCAGCUUUUACAUCAGCCCCACAGGGGAGUGGAUAGAGGAGCUCACUGAGAAACCCCAGCAUGUGACAGUGACAGUGCUGAGCUCCACUACUGCCCUGACCUCCUGGACAGCAUCACACGAGAGCAGUGGCAACAGCACCAUCGUGUCUGUGCUCUCCCUCACCUGCCAGAAGCAAAAGGAGAGCCAAAGGCUGGAAAAACACUACUGCACUGAGGUGAAUUCAAGCAGCAGCCUCAUUGAAAAUCUUGUUCCUGGUGCCCAGUACCAAGUUGUGGUUUACCUGCGGAAAGGACCUUUGGUUGGACCACCCUCUGAUCCUGUCACAUUUUCCAUUGUGCCCACAGGAAUAAAGGAUCUGACACUUUACCCUUUGGGACCAACAGCUGUGGUUCUGAGCUGGAACAGACCUUUCCUGGGUGUGUUCAGGAAAUACGUGGUAGAAAUGUUUUACUUCAACCCCUCGACCAUGACCUCAGAGUGGACAACCUACUAUGAAAUAGCAGCAACUGUCUCCUUGACUGCCUCAGUGAGAAUAGCCAACCUGCUGCCAGCUUGGUACUAUAAUUUCCGUGUCACCAUGGUCACCUGGGGGGACCCAGAGCUGAGCUGCUGUGACAGCUCCACCAUCAGCUUCAUCACAGCGCCUGUGGCACCCAAAAUUACCUCUGUGGAGUAUUACAACCACCUCCUGUAUGUCACCUGGACCUAUGGAGGAGAUGGCCCUGACCUUUCUCAUUCCAGGAUGCUGCACUGGAUGGUCGUUGCAGAAGGAAAGAAAAAAAUCAAGAAGAGUGUAACGCGCAGCGUGAUGACUGCAGUGCUGAGCUUGCCUCCAGGGGACAUCUACAACCUCUCAGUGACUGCUUGCACUGAAAGAGGCAGCAACACUUCCAUGCCCCAACUUGUGAAAUUGGAACCAGCCCCUCCAAAAUCACUGUUUGCUGUCAACAAGACUCAGACCUCUGUGACUCUGCUGUGGGUGGAAGAAGGAGUAGCUGAUUUCUUUGAAGUUUACUGCCAGCAGGCUGGAUCUGGCCAGGAAACAAAAGCCCAGGAACCUGUCACUGUCUCCUCACACGUUGUGACCAUUUCCAGCCUGACCCCUGCCACCUCCUACAACUGCAGCGUGACCACCUUCAGCCACAACAGCCCCAGCAUCCCCACCUUCAUUGCAGUUUCCACCAUGGUUACUGAGAUGAACCCCAAUGUCGUGGUAAUCUCUGUGCUGGCCAUCCUCAGCAUCCUCCUGAUUGGGCUGCUGCUGGUCACUCUUGUUGUCCUCAGGAGAAAACACCUACAAAUGGCAAGGGAGUGUGGGGCUGGGACCUUUGUGAAUUUUGCAUCUUUGGAGAGAGAUGGAAAGCUCCCCUAUAACUGGCGUAGAAGUGUAUUUGCUUUCCUAACUCUGCUACCCUCAUGCCUUUGGACUGAUUAUCUUUUGGCAUUUUAUGUUAAUCCUUGGAGUAAAAAUGGGUUAAAGAAGAGAAAGCUGACCAACCCAGUCCAGCUGGACGAUUUUGAUGGAUACAUCAAGGAUAUGGCCAAAGACUCAGAUUAUAAAUUUUCUCUGCAAUUCGAGGAGCUAAAGCUGAUUGGGCUGGACAUCCCCCACUUUGCUGCUGAUCUCCCCAUGAAUCGCUGCAAGAAUCGCUACACAAAUAUCCUGCCCUAUGAUUUCAGUCGUGUCCGCUUAGUCUCAAUGAAUGAAGAGGAGGGCUCUGACUACAUCAAUGCCAACUACAUCCCUGGUUAUAAUUCACCCCAGGAAUACAUUGCAACCCAAGGACCACUGCCAGAAACUAGGAAUGAUUUUUGGAAGAUGGUUCUCCAGCAAAAAUCACAAAUUAUCGUUAUGCUUACUCAGUGCAAUGAGAAAAGACGGGUGAAGUGUGACCACUACUGGCCUUUCACAGAAGAUCCUGUUGCUUAUGGGGAUAUCACAGUGGAGAUGCUGAGCGAGGAGGAGCACACGGACUGGGUGUACCGCAGCUUCCGAAUCAGCUACGCUGAUGAGGUGCAGGACGUGAUGCAUUUUAACUUCACUGCCUGGCCAGACCACGGCGUGCCCACCACCAACGCUGCUGAGAGCAUCCUGCAGUUUGUGCAGAUGGUCAGGCAGAAAUCAGCCAAGACUAAAGGCCCCAUGGUCAUACACUGCAGCGCUGGCGUGGGGCGGACGGGAACGUUCAUUGCCCUGGACCGGCUCCUGCAGCACAUCCGUGACCACGAGUUUGUGGAUAUUUUGGGGCUGGUGUCGGACAUGAGGUCCUACAGAAUGUCCAUGGUGCAGACAGAGGAGCAGUACAUUUUUAUCCACCAGUGUGUGCAGCUGAUGUGGCAAAAGAAGAAGCAGCAGUUCUGCAUCAGUGAUGUCAUAUAUGAGAACGUCAGCAAGUCCUAGUUCAGAGUCACAGGUGGUGAGACCAUGAAGCACACCCAUCUUCCCUUGCUUCUGAUUUAUUUUCUGUUGAUGGUUUGAAGGGGCAGGUGCUGUGCCACGAGAGACCACUGCUCUGCAGUGCAUGGACAAUGAGGGAAAGAAACUUUUACCUUUCUGAAGCACUGGGGAGACAAAGCCUUAACGAGCCUGCGGUGUCUUUUGAACUGUUUAAUUUCUGGACAUUUUUUUUAAAUACUGGACCAAAUUCAGCUAAAACAACAUGAAGGAAAAGACACUAUAUGUGCAUAAGACAGAUUGCUCCAGAGUGUUGGGGUUUUGGUUAAUUUCUUUCAUGAUUUUGUUUUUUCCUGUGCAGGUUGGGCUUAAGGUUAAAGUAAGUGCAAUAUUUUUUUAAUGGUUGACUGGAGAGCUUUCUUCAUGUGUCACUGGUCUGUCCCUAGGAGAGCAGGCAUUGUUAGUAUCUAAUAAUACCUCAUUAGUGAAUAGCGAGGCAUGAACAUACAUGAAGAAACCUGGAGAUUGUGAAAGGGGGCUGGGAGGGCGGGGGGGUUGCUGGGUCCAUGGAUUUGAUGGAUUUGACUGUUCCCUUACAGCACUGAUGGAUGUGGGGCCAUGGGGGAGCACUGACAGCAGAAAUCCGAGCUGUGGAGCUGAAACAGGCAGCUGAGAGAAGGGAUGGGGCUGGUUCUUGACUGGGCUGCCACUCACUAAGCAGAGGGAUUGCUCUUUUUGCCAACCUUUUUGCAGUAAUGCCACUGAUCAGGCUUCUUUUUUAGAUGGAUCUAAUCACAGGGCAGCUGAGUUUCCAGCUGGGAUAUCUUAGCAUAUAUAGCAUUUAACUGUGUGAGCAGUCUAUGGUGCCUAUACCCCUCACUCAUGCAUUAUUUUUAGUAAUUAUUAACCCUGUGUAAAAACAUAAAACUGGUUCAGGUUGGAGGGGUGGAAAGAAAAAAAAAAAAAAAAACAAACACAAAAAGUGCUUUAAUGGACAUAACUAUUUUUCCUGAACCAGGAAUUUCCAAUGUUACAAAUACAACGUUUUGGCAUGUGAAGGGCUGGUUUUCAAUUUGUUGCUACAAGGCUGCCAAAGUGUCAGUAUGGAUUCCUGCAGGGCCUUUGGGGCAGGGUGGGGGGCUCUUUUCUUUUUUGCUGUCCAUUUCAGUUCUAGUCAAAAUAAUUAGCUUAUAUAUAUUUUUUUUUUCUGGUCUUUGUAUAAUGCCGGUACAUCAUUGUGUAUUGUGACAUGGAUGCUGUCAGAAUGGAUGUUUGAUGGCAUUUUUUGUAACCUGUUGCUUUGUGUCCCCUCAUUGGAAGUUAGCAGCAAUGGUACUCAAUGUAAACAAAGCAGACUUGAACUGGAAGUAAACACACUGGAUUGCUUA